AUAACGUCAAAGAGCGAACCUGGCGGCUAAAUUCUAAGUCUGGUGCUUUGUCGAUGUUGUCAUGGUUAUAAUGGUUGAACAGCUCCUAAUCGAACGGUGACUGACAGCUGUGUAUUCCCUGCAUGAGUCACUCGGCCACUGUCUGGUCGCUGAAAGAAUUUGGGUUAUGUGAAAAGUAAGAAUUGAUUUGUUGGAGGGUUUGUCGUUACGUGCCCGUGCAAAAUCUUAACAGUUGUAUCGAAACAGUAAAGAUAGUUUCUUAUUUCCACGAAAAACAACAUGGCUGCAGAAGUUGAAGAAACAAUGAAGAGAAUUCAGUCUCAUAAGGGAGUGGUUGGAACCAUUGUUGUAAAUGCAGAUGGUAUUCCCAUUAGAACCACACUGGACAACACAACUACUGUACAGUAUGCAGGUUUGAUUAGCCAAUUGUCUGAGAAAGCAAGAAGUGUUGUCAGAGACUUGGAUCCGACCAAUGAUCUAACGUUCCUGCGAGUUAGGUCUAAAAAACAUGAGAUAAUGGUUGCUCCAGAUAAAGAAUUCCUUUUAGUUGUCAUUCAGAACCCAACUGAUUGAAAUUUUAACCAUAAGUGAAUAUUUGGUUUUCACAAAGUUCACAGCAUAUUGAAUUUGUGUAGCCCAGUAUAAAUAAGGCUACAUUGGCACCGAUUAAUUUUGAUGCUUUUUCGUGAGCACAACCUGGUGAAAAUAUUAACAAGAUCGUGUAAAGUAUAAAAAGGGAAAAAUAAAAUGUAAGUCAUCUGUUUUAGAUUAAAUAUUUUUAUUCUUAUUAUUAGUUAUUAUAAUUGCUGUAUAUUUAAACCAUUUGCAUAAUGUGUAGUGUUUUAAAACAGGCUAAAAAUUGUGUUUUGUAAUUCACUGUAACUUGAAAAACCAGAUAUUGUUUGAAUAAAAAUGGUGCAUUUGUUUGUUAUCAAAUUUAAAAUAUUAAUUCUUUAAAAUAUUUAAUAAUUUCUGUAUCCAUUUCUGUAUACUAGGAUUAGAAAUCACCCAAUCUUUGCUCUGUACUUGAGAAUUGACCAACUUGGAUUAUAUAUAAUAAAUAGAGAAAAACUGUAAUUACGUUUUUGAAACCAUCUGCCUACUUUGCAACAUAAUUUCAUUUGUGCUCAACAAAGCUCUUGCAUCUGAAUAACUUGCUCCUUUUGUACAGAAAAGGUUUGUUGGAACACAUACUGUAACGUAUCUCAAAUACACAAAUUUCAUUUUUAUCAUACUGCAGUGAUACUGAAGAGUCUAGGUGGUUAAGAGGUCUUAGGUGUAAGAAUACACAAAAGAUGUGAUUUAAACAUCCAUCACACACAUUUGUGCUUUAUAGAUAUAUUAUGCAGCCCCCAUACUCUACCAGUCUUAACAUAUGAGAUGUCAACAAAAGAGAAUUUUACAGAGACGUGAUGAAUCGCACUUCCACUUAAAAUAUUUCUUAAACACUUGUCAAAAUUAGGCAGGCAUAAUCAUGAUCCUGACAGAGCUUAACUGUCUUGUUUCUUGACAUCGAUUGUGCGUAAGUCAGAAAGUCUUCUAAGCCCACAAAAUAUGGUUUUCAAGGUGUAGGUCUCAAUUUACAAAAUGGUACCAUGUAGGAUCUCUUACAAUUUUUGGAAUACACCUCUAAAAUGUGUGGUAAUGGUAGGGCAUGCAGAAAAUGCUAUUAGAGCAUGUUAGCUAAAAUAAGGUGAGGGGUAUUGAGUUUCCACAUGUGAGACUUAAACUGUUAGAGAUAUCUAGGAUGGAAGAAUUUAACAUCCCAAGAGUGAAUAAAUGAGGCAUUUAGUUAAAGUAUAAUUUGUUAACUUGUUUACCACUCCAAUUUUUUCUUAAAUUAUUAUUAUGAAAGGCAUAAUGCUUGAUAACCAUGCAAACUUGAAGAAAUUUAUUUAAAAAGUAAGUGUUAUUUUUUAUAGGACUAAAUUUUCUACAUCAAUAUUUCUAUGAAAAAAGCAUUUACACAAUUCAUUUAUUGUAAUGUUCAUUCAAUUUAUUGUAAUUUCACAAAUUAUAGUUUCUGCAGAAAAAUUUUCCUUUCUGAAGUUCAUGGAGAUAGGGCUGGGUAUUUUCAAAUGUACAAGUUUCUAGGCACUGUAAUCACAUCAGCAUUAAUUCUGAACAUGUUAUAAAAAUAAUUUGCUUAUGACAAUAAAUUCUAUAAAAAGGUCAGUUUUCUUAAAGAAAUUGACCUUAGAACUGAACAAUAUGUACUCUGUUUCAAGCAGUUCAUAUUUUGAGAUGCGUCUGAAACACUAGUAGUGCAUUGUCUUCGGUACAAUUAUCAUUAUUUUAUGGAUGACUCACAGGUGAUAUAAGAAAGUAUACUAGAUUGCAGCACCACUAGGUUUAUUUAAUUUCAUGACUCACUUUUAACAUUAUUGCAAGUAUACUCAAUAUCACAAGCAUAUUUCUUAAGUGAAAGAACAAUUUGAGAGUGGUGUUCAGAAACAACAUGCGUAACAAAAGGAAGGAGAGCACUGGCCAAGACAAUAUCACUGACCUUUCAAUACUGGAAGAAGGUAGUGGUUGAAAGGGAAUUCGAAUUCAAAUAUUAAAAAAUUAAAAUAAAUAUUACAUUUAAUACAGUGUCUGUCAACAUAAAUAUAUCACAGAAUUUUUUGAGUCUUGUUUCCUUCCACUUUUACAAGGAACUAAAUGUUAGAAAUGACUUCUCCCAUUCAUUGCAUACUGGAUUUGUAUGCAUUGUGGUCAAAUGAGCGCAGAAAGUGCACAUCUGCAUAAUCAUACAAAUGAAAUAAAAUAUAACUAUAUACUAAUAAUAUAUACCAUAAUGAUAUUCCAAAAAUGCAACUGCUCCACAUCUUGACACAAAAUUUACUCCCCUUUGAAAGGUAUUAGCAAGUAAAUGACUAUAAAACUACCAUAGAACUUUCUACAUCAGCAAAGACUAGGCUUACUUUUAAUACCUUUCCAGAAAGGAUGCAUUCUCUUUUCUAUUUUACUUAAGAAAAACCCAAAUAAAUAUUCUGCAUACAAAUCCAAACUACUAAAGAUACCGUAGAAGAGAUAUUUCCCACUCCGUUACAAUUGUAUCAGAAACAAGACUAUGAUUAUCAUAAACACAAUAGCAGUAAACCUAACUUUAUCAUACACAAUAACUUAUAAGAAAAGAUGACUUCAUCUCACAAAGUAAAAUUCAAAAGAAAGAAACAAAUUUGUUGAAUAUACAAGUGUCAUUUAACACGAUACAGAGUAUCCCUUUAGAAGCAUAUGAUCAUCUAAUUUCUCAUUGCAAUAAAUAUUAUUAAAAUAUCAUUCAUGCCUUAGUAAGAAAUAGAAUAUGCACAGAAACGUCUUAAUAUAUUAAAUUCUCUACAGCUGUUUUAAAAAGUCCUAUAAUAAAAGCAUCAAUUAGGACUCUUGAAUAUUAUUUCAGGUAUUUGUAAUCACUACCUCAAAACAUAAUUGUUACAAACAAUAAUAAAAUACAUUUUCAUUACUAGUUACUCUAGAUUUCUUUGGUCAAGCUUUAAGGAAAAUAAUACACUAGACAAAAGCAUUUUUAUAAAUUGUGUCUUGAGUCACUGAUAAAAUGAGCUGAGAAAACUGAAACAAGUUACAUUUUUGUACUUAUUAACACAGCUAGACAGGAAGUACAUUUUUCUAUCAAGUGUACGUUGAAAGAUAUUACGUUGUACACUUAUUCAUAACCAUGUUUACGAUUGUUCUACCAGAAUGAAUGGGAAAUCAAUUCUAUGUGAAUGUAAUAGUUUUAUGUAGCUGUUCACUAGCCUCAAUCUUGAAUUCUUGAUAAUCUUAUUUAUUAAAAGCAGUAAUUGAAAAUUCAAAUGAGAAGCUUUGAAUUUUUAAAUUAGUUUUUUGAAAUUCCUGUCAUCAAUGACAAGUUGUUUGUUGUUUUUUCCUUUUCGAUUUAGUUUCUUCCACAAACUGUUUGGCAAUGAGAAUGCACAAGGUUUUGUUCAUGGAACUCUACGAGUUCAAGUUUAUUUUCAAUUUUUUAUUUAAAUGAAAUGCAUUUAAAUUUUCAAAAGCAGAUCAAAAAUUGUUCAAUGCAUUUUUUUUUUGGUACCAAAAGUUGAUUUACAUUAAAAUUCACAUAACUGAACUUUAGUAAAAUAUAAAUUUCUUUUAUUUGCUUAUAAAAUAUAUUGCUUUUUCAAUAAAUGGACUCGACUGCAAGUAUAAUGAAUUUUCCUGAGAUCUUAAUAGUUUUCAAGCAACAAUAAAAAUACAGCCUUGUUUUUUUCAAACAUUGAUAAACAAAGUGGAUAUGUUCUUGAAACUUAUUAACAAUUUUAAGAAUAUAAUGUUCUAAAAAUUUAUAUUAAUAUUUUAUUUUUGUAAUGCAUUUCAUCAGAAGUAGGUUUCUUUCACAAUAAGGAUCUGAACAAACUGUGUUCUUAUUAAAGAUAUUUGGGAGCAACGGUAACAAAAUAUAGUAUACAUUGUACCAAGUAUUUAAUUUUUUUUUAAUCCUAUGGUUAUGAUACACUUUGAAAAUCUUAUUUUGUUUUGUUUCAAUACCUACUUGUUUGGAAAAUAUAGUUCUCUUUAACAUCCAUUUAUUAUCUCAGCACACUUUGUCAUUGGCAAUUUAUAUUAUUAAAACAUUGCAAAUAAUUGAAAUACAUAAUGCUAUUUCUAAGUAUCCUAUGCUAUGAUACUUAUUUCUACAUUUUAUAAGAAAUGCUUUUGUUUUUCAGCAUUCCUUCCCUCACUAAACAACGAAUAUACAUAGAGCAGAAAAAACAGUAUUGUGUGUUUGGAGUGGCGCAACCAAGGGAAAAUGGUGGCUCAUGGAAUUUCAGCCCCUCCCCCAGAAGCCAAUGAAACAUAAAUACAGUUUUUUUUAUAUUAAUUUUAUACAAGGAAGUCACUCAGUGUCUCAAUUGAAUACAUUAUAAAUAACUAAUAAACAACAAAUAAACAUAAUUUUUAA